AUGGCAGCUUUUGAAGAUUUGCCGGAAGGUUGCAUUGCCGCCAUACUUUCUCGCACCACUCCGCUUGACGCCGGCAGACUUUCCCUCGUUUCCAAGAAUUUCCAUUCUGCUUCCGAUUUCGACGAUGUCUGGAACUCUUUUCUCACUUCCUCCGGUUCCCAAUUCAUUGACUCUAUCAUCUCACACUCUCCUUCCCUUGCCAAAAUUCCUACCAAAAAGGCUCUGUUUAUGGCUCUCUGUGAUCACCCUGUCAUCAUUGACAAUGGUAGAAAGAGCUUUCAAUUGCAUAAAAAGAGUGGUAAAAAGUGUUACAUGCUUGCUGCUAGAUCUCUCGAAAUUUCUUGGCGUAGUCAUGAGCAAUUUUUUAACUGGUGGACUUCUAUGCCUGAAUCUAGGUUCCCUGAAGUUGUUGAGCUUCUCAAUGUGUGUUGGCUUGACAUUCGCGGGAAGAUAAACACUCUUGCAUUGUCCCCAAAUACUCAUUAUGAAACUUAUCUUGUGUUCAAUAUGAUUAAUGGCUUUGGUUUUGAGAAGGAGAAGUAUCCUGUGGAAUUAUCAGUUGAUGUCGAAGAUGGCAGAUGUAGCACCAAAAUUGUCAUCUUGGUAGAUCCAGACGUGAAGUGUAGGCGACUCAACAAAAUAUUAGACAGUCAGCACAACAACGAAUUUGAAUUGCGACGUCCUAGUGUGAGAAGUGAUAAGUGGUUGGAGACCAAGAUAGGAGAGUUCUUCAAUUCAGGCGUAGAAGAUAGAGAAGUCCAAAUGAGUUUUACUGGGAUAAGGGGUGUUUAUCCAUUGAAGAGAGGUUUCUUUGUUGAAGGAAUAGAAAUUAGGCCUAAGGAAUACAAUUUAUACGGUUAAGCAACAUACACUGAGCUAUGC